CUUUUGAAGUCAAAGCGGCCACCAACAAUCUCUACUUGAUCACCAUUACCUGUAUCGCUAGCGCAUUCGAUACUGCUCAUUUAAAUAGACAGCAAGAAAUGCAAAAGUCCUUCCGAGCCGCACUCAGACGGGCACAGGCAAUCCAAAACCAAAGCAACAAAAUCAUGGCGCACCGCGGCGCACCCCGCGUCCCCAACACCAGCCAAGUCGUCCCCGGCGCGGCCGUCAACAUCGUUCUCAAGGAGGACCAGCCGACGGGCCGCACCGUCUCGGGCGCCGUGCGCGACGUCCUGACCAGGGCCAACCACCCGCGCGGCAUCAAGGUGCGCCUGUCGGACGGGCGGGUCGGGCGGGUGCAGAGCCUGGCGUCCGCAUCAGCCGUCGCGUCCUCGUCCGCGGCAGACAUGGCCGUCGCGACAGAGGGCCCGCCCCGGCACCGCGGCAUGGCGAGGGACCUGCGGCUGGACGAGCAAGAGUACGGCGCGCCGCCGCCGGAGAGGGGCCUGGAUGCGUUUGUCAUCAAGCCGGCCAAGGUGCGGGGAGGCAAGAAGAAGGGCAAGGGCGGCGGUGGUGCCAAGGAUGGGGAGGACGAGGCGGCGCGGUCGUCGACGUGUCCGGUCUGUGGGGAGUUUGAGGGCGACGAGGCUGCUGUUGCGCAUCAUGUUGCGACGCAUUUUGACUAGGGGUUUGUGGUGCUGGGGUCUGUCAGUCAUGGAGGGGUUGCUGUGAGCGCGGGUAGCAUCCAUGCUUGUGGUGCAAAAAGAGCGUGGAACCAUUUUGAACUGGAUAAUAAGCGCCACUGAUUUGUUUAUUGGGGCCAGAAUGAUGAAAACUGCCCGAUAGAUCACGCACUUGUGCAUCGAAUACAGUACAAAUGACACAACAAGAGACUGCCACCCAAAAUCCGCAACUCGUACACAUGGAAAAGCACGCUGCAUCAUUUACAAAAAUCACAGUCAAGCCAAGGCUUCAACCCAGACCAACAAUCAUACCAUCCUUCAAAGCCUUGAUAACCUGCCUGGGGAGGGGAUCCUUCUGCCCAUCGGCGCUCUUCUUGCGGUCGGCCGGCUUCCACGACGUGAUGUCCAACGAGUCGCCGCCGAUGAUGCCCUGCUGCUUCGAGGCCUUGGCCCAGGCGCCCUUGUACUGGUCCUCGUACUCCUCGAGCCUCUGCUCGAAGCCCCAGUACUGUUUCGCCGCCGGCGCGGGGAGCAUGUCCGGGCUCGCGCCGGCCGUCUCCUCGGCGGCCUUGGUGCGGUACGGCUCGGGCAUCUGCAGCGUGAUGUUGUGCCGCUGCGCGUAGGAGACGAUGUAGCCUUCGAUCCGGUACGCGUCGAACGACUCGGGCUUGCUGUUGCGCGCCGGCUUCUCCAUCAUGUGGACGUUGCGCAGCUGCUGCGCCGAGAUGAUGAAGCAGGCCAUGACCUGGCCCAGGUCCUUGACUUCGGUCGUGGACGGGUCCAGCUGCCCGGCGCCUUCGAGGGUGGCGAGCAUGUCGAGGAACAGGCUCCAGAUGAGGAGGAACAGGUCAUCUAUACCAUCGCCGUCUUCGAUCCUGGAGAGUGGGUUGUCAGCGGGUUUGGGUUCAGUCUGCCUGGUAUUGGACUGGUUUAUCACGUGAGAAUGAGAAACGAGGAAGAAAAAAAAAACAUGUCUUACAUAAACAUGGGGCUCUUGUAGGCCUGCAUAGCCAACCUGCCCAUGACGGUGCAAAUGAGCCACUGCUCGCGCCAGUUCUCCCGGAGCCUGCCGACCUGGUAGUCCAGGAUCAGGUUCUGAAAGACCUGCACCCAGCCGUAGCCGUGGUGGUCGUUGGAGGUGUACAUGCCCACGACGUCGGGGUCGCGGACGUCGAGGUGCAUCCACGUCGAGUUGAACUUGUGCACGGCCGCCCGCAUGAUGGCCCAGGGGUGCUCCGGGUGCUCGGCCGCGGCCUUGCCGCAGAUGCCAUCCUCGCCGUGGCUGCACGCGACGUUGUCGUGCGGGGGCAGGGCCUGCAGCACGCCGUCGCUGGCGGCCGCCGGCGCCGCGUCCUGGGUCUCUUGGUUGCCGCCCUCUUCAUCGUCGUCUUCGAGGGAUUCAAAGGGCGACUGGCACUGGCAGACGUACUCAAACGGCUUUUUGCUGUCCGCCAGGCUGUCCUGUAUUCCUUUUUCGAGGUUCUUGGAGCACGACACCUCCGACCAGCGGUCCAGCAGCUGGUCGAUGGCGCGCUUGCUUGCGGCGCUGAGCUGGGGUGUGGCGGUGGCGUCCUGGGGUGCAGACGAGGCUUCGUUUGAAGCAGCGCCCGAGGACGAUGCACGAGCGCGCUUCGGGCUCGACGUUGACCCGGUGGACUUGCGUUUCGGUGGCAUUGUGGCUUUUUUGGGAAAUGAGCGCAGACUUGGAUAAGCAAUUGACUGUAAUUGGGUGUUGGGGUGCUACAGAAACGGUGUUUUAUUUUUGUAUUUUACCAGAGGAAAGAAGAAAAAAGGCUAGUCUCAGAAUUCUCUAGCACUUACAACGAUCCAGAGGAUGCGCGGGUUUGCAUCUCAA